CACACGCGCAAGGAAAUCCGCGGCAGUUGCCAUUCCUCACAAUCGUCGCUCUCUCCUUCCCAACCCAUGCCCACGUAUAAACAACAACAAACAACAGCAACCACCACCAAGCCGCCCAACACACUGGGCAAUGACAACAACACUAAGACCGGCCCUUUCUUGUGCGCCAACGGCCCCCAGGCAGAAUCACCAACGUGGACUCCACCUGCGCCCCGCCGAGGAACUUCCUCGUAUUUUCCCUCUUCACCCCUCCUCCUCCUAGCGCCGACUCUGCAGAGAGGAAGGAGGUGAACCAUUGAACACGAACGAGGGGCAGUCGCCAGCGCCCUCAGCCCGGCAUUGCGCUCAGCAGGCGCAGAGAAAACGGUGGUGGGUGCUGUUCCCUCCCCCCACACGUCGCCAGCCAGGCCACCAGUGCGCAUCGCAGCUCCACGAUGGAGGGGGUGGUUUAGGUAAUUCGUGUUGGUGGCGUCGAAGGAGCUUCCGAGAGUCAAGAGGAAGGAGGCUCGAGGGAAGAGGUCGGUGGAGUGAGGAGGAGGCGGAGUUAUUGUUUGUAGAGUUGCUCGUGGCUGGUGGACUUGCUGCUGCUCGAUAAAGAGGUGGUGGAAGAGGAGGUUGGUGUUGGUGGGGUGGCGGUAGGAGACUGCACCUGGAGCCAUGGCAUCCGGCUCGGAGUGGCGUCUCCGCACAGUCGGAUCCCAGAACCCGACUCCGCGUCCGUAUCACUCCGCUGCCCUGGGACCCCACCUCAAGUUCUCGAGCGUCGUGGGGCCCAGCGGGACCCCAGGGGGACCCCGUCCCCUCCGAGCUCCGGUGAGGCCCACGGGUUCGCCGAGUCCACGCACCCCGCUGACCACGACCCGAACCCCGACCUCGACCCCGACCCCCGUAGUUCACUCCCCCACGCUCCUCUCUGCUGCGAACAACCUGAAGCCCGUGGAGCUACGGUACCCCAAGACCCCUUCGACCCCUUCGACCCCGUCGGUUAGACCUAACGGACUCAGCCCAUCACCCGCGUCCAGUUUGUGGCCACACGUCGCCGCCGCCACCACGGAUCACAGGUUCCUGGUGUUACGGGGACCCCAGCCGCCAGCCCAGCACUCCAGGGCCCCCACGGAGGAGACUCGGCCCACGGUCGCGAGGCCCUCGCCGCGCGGUACGGUCGCCGGCGGGAAUGUGGCGCUAGGCCUGAAGACCACGGGCACUCCGCGCCACGCGGACUCUGAGAUGAGCGCCCUUGCUCCACGCACGCCGCUCAAACCCAAGCCCGCCGCCAGUCUCGGCAAGGACCCGGCCGGCGGCGCCGGCGGGCCUGGCUCACCCGGCCUGCAAAAGGCCGUGACUCCCAGGGCCCCCAAGCCAGACAAGACUGAGAUCUCGCGGGCCAAGAUUGAGUUGCCCAAGGUUUUUGAGCCGGGCAAGACUGAGACCUCCAGAGAGCCAGGUCCCGGUAAGGUUGAGUUGCCCAAAGUCUUUCAGGUGGGCAAGAAUAAGACCCCAAGGGACUCAGGACCAGGAAAGAUUGAGUUGCCCAAGGUUUUUGAACUGAACAAGUCUGAGACCUCAAGAGACCCAAAGCCAGUGGAGAUUGAGACUCCGCACGUGUUCAGACCUGGCCACAUUGAGACCCCUAGUGACAAAGAGCCAGGAAAGAUUGAGUUGCCCAAGGUAUUUGAACCAUGCAAGAAUGCGACCUCUGGCGACCCAGGUCCGGGUAAGAUUGAGUUGCCCAAAGUAUUCGGACCAGGUAAAGCUGAGACCACGAGUGGCUUAGAACCCGGAAAGAUUGAGACUCCUAAAGCGUUUAGACCGAGCAAGACAGACGUCCUGUCGCCCACAGCUCCGGGAAAGAUCGAGACGCCCAAGAUGUUUAGGCCGAACAUUGCCGAGACCCCCAGGGCUCUCGCAGCAGGCAGAGGGGUCCCUCCCCCGACCCCGACACAGGCCACGCCGGAGCCCGGCCCGGCGGGCAAGCCGGACGUCCUGAUCCCCAAGACUCGAGCGACGGCGACGCCGGGCCCGGCGACCGCGCCGGAGGAUGGCGCCGCACGGCCCACGGAGGCCGCGGCUGCCCCUAACAAGUUCAGCUGGCUGUGGACCCGUCCGGCCGGAAUCCCUGAGCAGGCGGAAGCCGAGGAGGUGCACGGUGGGAUCCCCGCAGAGAACCCCCGCGCGAAAGACGCCCCUGAUAGCAGGGAGGACGGCGCGAGCGUGACCGGCGAGUGCGGAGCUGAAGAGUUCGACUCCCUGCUGUCGCCGUCCCUCCCGUCCUCCUCGCCCUCCGCCUCCUCGCUGCGGUCGCUGCUGGGUUCAUGGCCUGGGGGCAGAGCGCCGGACCCCGAGAUGAACGCGGACGGGGACUCGAACCGGGACAAGGACUCGAACCGGGACAGCGGCGUGGAGACUCAGGGCCUCCCGGGAUCUCCCGAGUGUGGGGUCCAACCCGAACCGCCGAGCUCUCCGGAGCCAAUGGCAAGUGCGGCUCAGAAGCUGCACCUCACCGCAAUGGAGCUGCUGGAAACGGAGAGGACUUACGUGAAGAGGCUCAGCCUCCUGGAUGAGGUGUUCCACAAGCAGCUGCGGGAGGAGGCGGAGAAGGGGUCGUUCCCGGUGGACGUGGUGUCGCGGGUCUUCUCCAACCUCCCCUCCAUCCACAGCUUCCACCGCGACUUCCUGCUGCCUGAGCUCCAGCAGCGCAUGCAGGAGUGGGACACGAACCCGCGCAUCGGGGACAUCCUGCAGAAGCUGGCGCCGUUCCUCAAGAUGUACGCGGUCUACGUGAAGAACUUUGACGACGCCCACAAGUUGGUGUCCACCUGGACCACUCAGUCGCAGCGUUUCGCCGACAUUGUCCUCGACAUCCAGCGGCAGGCGGAGUGCAUGAGCCUGACGCUGCAGAACCACAUGCUGGGUCCCGUGCAGCGCAUCCCACGCUACCAGCUGCUGCUGCAGGACUACCUUAAGCGGCUGGCGCCCGGCGCGCCCGACCGCUGCGACGCCGAGAAAUCGCUGGAUCUCAUCGCCACGGCCGCCACGCAUUCCAACAGCGCCAUCAGGCGAAACGAGCACAUGCAGGUGCUGCUGCGCGUCCACGAGAUGCUGGGCGGGGAGGUGACGGACAUUGUGUGCCCCGACACGGAGCUGCUCAAGGAGGGAAUCAUCCUCAAGCGCUCCGUGCGCAUCGGUGUCCCGCAGGAGCGCUACCUCUUCCUGUUUAACAACAUGCUGCUGCACUGCGUGCCCAAGUUGUGGUCCAUGGGCCAGCGGUACACCUUGAGGACGCGGAUCAACGUCAGAGACCUCGAGGUGAAGGACGUGAACCAACACGACCAGGUCCCCACGUUCCAGGUCUGCGGAGUCCAGAGGACCAUUGACUUCCAGGCUCGGACGGAGGAAGAGAAGCAGGACUGGAUGAAGGCCAUUAACGAGGUGAUAAAGACGUUCCGCGAGAAGGAGGAGACCUUCAUGGGCCACAAGAAGGACGUGGUCGAGGGCCCCAGCGUGUCGAGCCCCCCCGCGACCCAGGGCAUGGAGCUGGGCCAGCGUGCCCCCAUGUGGGUGCGCGACGUCAACGUCACGCUGUGCAUGACCUGCCAGGACCCGUUCACGACGCUCACGCGCAGGCGCCACCACUGCCGCGCUUGCGGGAAGGUGGUGUGCUGGAAGUGCUCGGACCACCGCGUGCUGCUGGCGUACGAGCCGCGCAAGCUGCAGCGGGUGUGCGAGGCCUGCUACGCGCAGCUCACCGAGGAGGCGCGCACCAGCACGGCGGCCAUCAAGAACCGCAACAUCCUGCAGAAGCAGAGUGCCGAGGAGGCGACACGGGAGAGCAUCAUCUGCGGCUCGCUGCACUUCUUGGAGUGUGGCGGGCGGCAGAGCUGGGCGCGCGUGUGGUGCGUCAUCCCGCGCAGCGACCCGCUCGUGCUCUACGUCUACGCCGCUCCGCAGGACGUGAGGGCGCUCAGGACGCUGCCCCUGCCGGGCUACGAGGUGCGGCCGCCGGCGGUGGGCGACGGCGUGGACGGCCGGCGGGCGCUCGUCCUGGCGCAGUCGCAGCGUCGCCUGGGCCUCUCGGCCGACACGGACGAACGGCUCCUCGCGUGGAGACGCGCGCUGGAGCAGGCGGCGCUGGGCCAGGUGCCGGGCGUCGACGCCGUCGACGAGGACGACAGCUUCUCGGACGACGACGAGGACGGCGACGGGCCAGAGGCGGGACCCAAUGGUGCCGACUGAUGGCGGUGGCGACGACGGCGAUGACGAUGAUGCCGUCGACGGUACAUUCGACGCUUCUUCAUGCGGACUCGAAGUGCGCCUAGCCUGGGACAAGCGCUGUGGUGACGUCACCGUCACUUGGUGGCGAAUGGAGGCCAUCGUUUUUGGUGGUACCCAGCGACACUGGCGAUGACGGUACUGAUCACGCUGUUGGUGCUGAUGGUACUGAUAGUGCCAAUGGUAAUGGUACGGAUGAUGCAAAUGGUAUGGAUGGUUACUGAUGGUGCCAACGAUGCCGAUGACGGCGAUGAUGUACCGACAGUCAUUGCACAGCUGUCGUAGCGUCCGAGUCACGACGGUCGCGACCCACCAUCUGCCGAGCUGCGCUGCUCAAAGGGAAGAUCGUGGUGAUCGUCCCGUGUCGCGAGGGGGGUCGACUCGGUCCUGCCAUAGGAAUGCGGAAUGUCAACCGCCGGAUUAGGACCGGCGGAGCAAUGGAGCGUUGCCAAACGGCCCCUACUUGGCAUGGAAACACGUGCCUCAGUAUUGGCACAGAUAUGUUGACGAUGACGACUACGAUCGAUCAAACUACGGCAGGGCGCCGGGAUCGUUGCGGCAAGGUGUAAGAUGCGUCGGGAUGCUGGGGUAUUGAAGGAAGUGUCCUGCAAUUGCAAAUCCACCUCCUCUCGCGCUGACGGGGCCGGCCGGGUGCCUCGGUGGGCAAAGCCAGUGGCUCGCGACGGCGGUGAGUUCACAUCCCGGCUGCGGGGUCGCCUCGGCCCAUCAUCAUCCCUCCGGGGUCGAUGAAAUGAGUGCCGCUUUGUGGAGGAGUCGAUCCACAGCAGUUUUCGGGUUGUAAAGACUCGGCCCCCGCAUUGGGGGACGUGGAGCUUCCACCCCCGACUCUGGCGGGGCUAAAAACAGGGAAUGGCUACUAGUGCCUCAAUGCUCAGUUGAGCACGAAUCCACUUUUUUAAAACGACAAUGAUGAUGGCGAUGAUGUUGCGUCGAAUUAGGGGUUCGGGUUACGGAUAAGGGUACGUACAGUUUGACGUAAGGUCAGGGGGCAGAGUCAGGGAUAGUCAAUGUAUGGGUACUGUGUGUGUGGUGAUGUAUGGAGAGUCGUAGUUUUAUGCAUAGGGUAAGGGUAGGGGUAGUGUUAGUGUAUGGCUAUUGUUAGGAUUAUGGGUAGGGUUAUGGAUAGUGUUAGGAUUUUGGGUAGGGUUAUGGGUGGUGUUAGUGUAUGGGUAGUGUUAGGAUUAUGGGUAGGGUUAGUGUAUGUGUAGAGUGUGGGUAGUGCUGGUGAGAAGCCUGUGCAAUAUGUGUGUGUGUGCAUUGUGUGUGUGCAUUAUGUGUGUGUGUGCAUUCUGUGUGUGUUAUGUGUGUGUGUGUGCAUUGUGUGUGUGUGUGUUAUGUGUGUGCGUGUUAUGUGUGUGCGUCUUUGUUGUCGGGAUUUUAACCCAGGAACUCGCGUUUCCUCUGCAUGUGGCUGGGCGCUGUGAACUCCCCCGCGUAGCAAGUGGAGAGGGCUUGCAUCUAAUUGGCCAGUGUGCUGUGGGUUAGCACUAGCCUAUGAUUGGCUAGCAUGGCCAGGCUGGUGCUUGUCUCGGGCGAGUGUGCUCAGAAAAAUGAUCUGAUUGGCUGGUAUGCUCAGAGCAAUGAUCUUAUCACGAUCACGUCGUGCAGCUAUAGCCACGAUCUGAUUGGCUAUUGUGGCUAAAUCUAUUAUCUGAUUGGCUCAUGAGGUUAGAACCAAUAUGGCUGUCGCUAAUCGUUAACUGGCUAGUUAUGUUUGUGCUAAUCUAUGAUUGGCCAGUUUGGUUAGCGCUAAGGCCAGUCUAUCGUGGUUAUGGUUAAUCUCUAAUUGGCUAGUUAUGAACGCACUUAUCUCUGAUUGGUUAGCUUUGUUAGUGCUAAUCUCUAAUUGGCCUCUUCGCUCUCGCGUUAGUUUCACGGGGGGGGGGGGGGGGGGACUUCACAGCCGCCCCCGGCUCGCGAUAGUCUUCGAUUUUUACCAAAGCCCGGGGUGGAUAGCCAUCAUCGCGACUCCGGAUCCACCCCGCGUCCGUCUGUCUGUCCAUCCGUCCUCUGCGCUUUGUCGAUGUUCGCGCUCGGUCUGGUGCGUGCAUGUGUUCGUGCGGGGUCCAGGAUCAUUUAAAAAAAAACGGGGAUAUGAGAUGUAAACAAACGUUCGUUGAAUGGAAUAAAGAUGCCACUUGUCGCA